ACAGGGCACAGGGGCUUUAUCGUCGAGCACCAGGGGAGAGAGCUCGAAUGAGGUGGACGAGAAUUUAGCAUGUGAGCAAGUGCAGGAGACAGACAGCAGGGGCGUGUGUUCAGUGAAGCAGGUCCUGGAGUGGUUGUUGGAUAGAUAUAUAGAUAGAUUGAUAAUUAUAAGGGCAGUUUGGAGACGAGUGUUUGCUGAAUUGAGUGUGCGGAACGGGAAGGUAUUGAAGAUUCAGCUCCUCCAGGGCUUUGCCUUGCCGCGCAGCUGUAGGGGUGGGAGCCAUGGACGAGGUGGAGGCCAAGGUUGCGGAGGUUGAACUGGCAGCUGACGCGGGAGAGAAGGCUCCUGUCGCGAAGAAGGAGAAGCCCAAGAAGGAGAAACCGGCGAAGAAGGAGAAAGCUCCUCAAGCUGCAGGUGAUGGCAAGAAGGAGGUGAAGGAGACUCAACUCGGAAUUUCAGCGAAGAAGGAUGACAAUUUUAGCUUAUGGUACUCACAGGUCGUCACUCAUGGUGAAAUGAUUGAGUACUACGAUGUUUCGGGAUGCUACAUCCUGCGUCCCUGGUCUUACGCGAUGUGGGAGUCGAUCAAGGACUUCUUUGACGCCGAGAUUAAGAAACUAGGAGUGAAGAAUGCGUACUUUCCUCUGUUCGUAUCUGAGAAAGCUCUGAUAAAGGAGAAGGAUCAUGUCGAAGGGUUUGCUCCGGAGGUGGCUUGGGUGACGCGAUCGGGCAACUCAGAGCUUGAAGAGCCGAUAGCAGUUCGUCCUACCAGUGAGACUGUCAUGUAUCCAAUUUUCUCGAAGUGGAUAAGAAGUCAUCGUGAUCUUCCCCUGAAGCUCAAUCAGUGGUGCAAUGUUGUUCGAUGGGAGUUCAAAGAUCCCACUCCUUUCAUCAGGAGUCGAGAGUUUCUGUGGCAGGAAGGACACACCGCAUUCGCCACCAAGCCAGAAGCAGAUGAGGAGGUGCUGGCAAUUCUGGAGUUGUACCGCAGAGUAUAUGAGGAAGUCCUUGCCGUUCCCGUCAUAAAGGGAAUUAAGAGCGAGUUGGAGAAGUUUGCCGGAGGGUUAUACACGACGACUGUGGAGGCGUUUAUUCGCAACACAGGAAGAGGGAUACAGGGAGCUACCUCUCACUGUCUAGGCCAAAACUUUGCCAAAAUGUUUGAAAUAUAUUUUUUAAACGACAAUCGAGAACGCAAGAUGGUUUGGCAAAACUCGUGGGGUCUCACCACACGAACGAUCGGAGUCAUGGUGAUGGUUCACGGAGAUGACAAGGGUUUGGUUUUGCCUCCAAGAGUAGCUCCAGUGCAGGUUGUGAUCAUUCACAUUCCCAGCAAGGAUAUUGAAACGAAUGUGCUCAUUGAAUCCUGUAAAGAAAUCGCCAAAGAACUUCGGGACGCGGGUGUGAGAGUGGAGGAGGACUAUCGCGACAACUACAAACCUGGCUGGAAGUUUUCCAAUUGGGAAAUGAAGGGUGUUCCUUUGCGAAUUGAGAUUGGACCCAAAGAUGUUGCCAGCAAGCAGGUGAAAGUAGUCCGUCGUGAUGAUGGAGGAAAAGACUUCAUCUCUGUAGAGAACAUCGGAGACUCGAUCAAGAACCUUUUGGAUGUCGUGCAAAAGAGCAUGCUCGAGAAAGCGACUAGAGAGAGGGACUCGUGCAUAGUCCAAGCAAGAAGUUGGGAUGAGUUCAUGGCUGCCUUGAACAACAAGAAACUGGUCAUGGCACCCUGGUGUGAUGAAAAGGAAGUGGAAGAACAGGUUAAAGAGCGGACUAAAGCUGACCUCAGUGGAGCCGCAAAGACUUUAUGCAUGCCUUUUGAACAGCCCGAGUUGCCUGAAGGGACGGUAUGUUUUAGUUCUGGUAAGCCUGCGAAGAAGUGGGCACUAUGGGGACGAAGUUAUUGAAACUCUCAAUUUUAUUAUAUUCAUGAUUCGUCAUCCAUUUUUAAAAGUUCAUUUCGGAAAUUCUUUUACCCCAAAGUGGGCAUAUCCGCCGAGAUUGGGACUUGUUGAGUUACUUCGUAAAUUCUAGUUUUGACUCUACGACUUGUGUUUACUUGUUCCCAUGUCGGACGAUCAAAAUUUGAUUACGAGCAUGGAUGCUGUCUGAAGCCCCCGUGGACUUGCUAUUAUUCUGUAUUCAGUCAAGUGACCUUUGACUUACAAACUCGGCAUCCUGGCUAGGAGGCUAUUGGUG